AUGGAGGCCGCACGUUCGAAGCUGUACGGCGACCUGGUGAUGGUUUGAUUCCGAAUAUUGCUUUACAGAACAUUCGUAUACCGCCCUCUACCUACCAUGUGGCUCAUCAACACGAACACUCUGGAAUUGGAAGAAUUUUUUGAACCUGCUAUCCCCAGCUACGCCGUCCUGUCACAUCGCUGGACAAAGCAUGAAACCACAUUCAAGGACUACAAGAAAGGCAGGAAACUGGACUCUCCCGGGCACAGAAAGACAAUGGACUUCUGCGCCAUUGCGCAUAGUCGCGGCCAUCCUUAUGCUUGGAUCGAUACUGCUUGCAUUGAUAAGCGCUCCAGCUCUGAGCUCUCGGAAGCCAUUAACAGUAUGUAUAGGUGGUAUCAGAUGUCUGCAGAAUGCCUUGUCCAUCUCGCCGACGUGAUGUACACCGAUAUACCAGCACCCUCAGGCAAGCUCGCUGAGCGUCUCCAUCAACAAUUGUGCCUCUCUGACUGGUUCACUCGCGGAUGGACCCUGCAAGAAUUAAUAGCACCACGCUGUGUUCUGUUCUUCACGCAAGACUGGAAACUCUUUGGCUGUAAAUCGACCGCCAAUCGUACGAUCAAUGGCUUUCGCGCAAACGAUACUGCGUGCAUGGAUCUUGCGGACGAGUUGAGCAGCAUCACCAGCAUACCAAAGGAGCUGUUGACCUUUCAAUGGCCAUUGGAAGAGUAUACGAUCGCUGCCAGGGCGAAGUGGCUGGCGAAUCGCAAAGUAACAAGGAUCGAAGACCAAGCAUACUGCGCCCUGGGGCUCUUUGGCGUCAACAUGGGCCUUCUUUAUGGUGAGGGCAAAAGAGCUUGGUCCAGGCUGCAAGAAGAAAUCGUCCGGAACUCCCAUGAUGAAUCGAUCUUCGCCUGGUCAAUGGCUUACGGAAGCAGAGCCCAACCGCUAUUGUCCUCAUCGCCUGCUUCUUUCUCCGCUGUGAGUCCCACCAUUUCCACCGUGUACGGGCUAAGGCCGCUGUACACGAUCACGAACCAAGGCCUCAGAUGGGACUUGGAACCUGGCAGUGCAAUCAUUGGCAAGCUUGACCUCAGCAGGAUUCCACGUUUUGACAGCAGGUCCAAGCCCACGUUGGGUGACAUGCGUGUCUUGAUGCUGCCCCUCGCGUGCUUAUAUGAAAAUCAGCCGACCUCCCAGGAGUACCUGCUGCUUAUAGAGCUGGCUUGCGGUCACUACAUGCGAGUGCCCAGUCGAGAUACCCUCAGGCUGCCUUUGCCCCUCGCAGACUUGAUCCGGCGAGGCAAGAUCGCCGGCCCAUGGCGCCUUGGCCACGUGAUGACAAUAAUCAUGCAUCUGAGAUCGGAUCACUCGAAAGGCUGCACGUUUGCAUAUAAUCAGCUUUUGAUGUACCAAGAUCUACACCUCUCGGUUGUCCAGCACUUUCAAACAGCUAUCAAUGCAGCUAUGUAUCAGCUACGAAGACAACCGGCCAUUCAGUAUCAACUCGCAGAAUCCGGACUGGCUAAUUUCUCCAAUGUGAGCACGGUUUUGGAAUGUGAUGAUGGAACGUUACAGGACAUGAUCAAUGUUGGGAGCAAUGAACCACCCCGACCAAUCUCAUCCAGCCAGAACAAUUCGGGCAUCCAGGCCUUGGAGAGGCUUCGUCAACUCGACGGCAUUGUACGCAUGGUCAACUGCCUACAUGGCGACUGCAUCCGCAAGGGAAAUUACGGAUUCAACAGAGAGGACAAAAUGAGAGAACACAUGAGACAAGUGCACGGCUACCUCUACAACGCGAGAGGUGAUGGAGGCGGACCCGAAAUUCAAAUCUUCAAAAUGAAUGCAUGAAUCGUUCUCGCACCACUCCGAUCACGCACACUUGACUCUGCCGUUAUCUGUCAACGACUGGAGGCAGCUACGAUCAGAUGGCGGCAGAAGCUUGUUGCUUCCUUCCCCACAUCGGUUCUAUCGGC